CUUUCGAGCAGCGAGUUCGUUUCACAGAACGUAAAAAAACUUGUAAUACAGUCGAACGUUCGGAAGUGGUAAAAGUGAUUCCCGGAUGGAAGAUGCAUGGCGAUGGAUGGAAAUUGCACGAGGAAAAGCCAUAAGGAAUGGCGCAGAAUAGCGAAGAAGGAGCGACGCCGACGCCUGCGUCGCGAAGCGGCCUCCGAGCGUGAAGCGGAAGAGGAGAACCUGAGGGCAGCACUUGAAAAGACCGCGGAUUAUUUGAGUUGGAUGGAACGGUGCGAAGUUGAAGAGAAGGAGAAAGAAGAAAAAGAAAAGGCCGAGCACGAUGAAAGAGAAAAAUUAUGGCUGGAGGAAGAGGUAAGGGCGCAGAAAGAAUGGCAAUUACUGCAGGAGCGGAAGCAAAGAGCUCGGCAGCAGCAGCUGGAACAGGAGGCCAAGAUCCGAGAAGAGUUCGAGGCGAAGCAAGAAGCGAUUCGCAUGAAGCAGGAGGAGGAGAAACGUAAAAGGGAUGAAGAGAUAAAACAGAGGGAACAGUUGUUAAAAGAGAUCGACGAUUAUAUCGAUAAUGGCAUUAAAACGCCCGAAGCCUUACGGGAAGUUAUUGAUAGCCAGCCGGGAAAAGACCUCUGUCCUUUCUUCACCAAAACUGGUGCUUGCAGAUACGGGGAUACGUGUUCGAGAAAUCAUCGGCGCGUAUGUUUAAGCAAGGUGAUUCUCGUGCCCGGCUUCUACAGUCACUUCUCCUUGGAAAAGAACUCUGCCGAAUACGACACAGAUAUCGGGCUCGAGUUCGAGAGUUCCGAGACCCGGCAGCACUUCCGCGAGUUCUACAAAGACGUCGUGCCGGAAUUGGAAUCCUUUGGGCGGAUAAAAACUUUAAAGUAUUGCUGCAACACGGAGGUCCAUUUGCGUGGAAACCUCUAUGUGGAAUAUCACACAGAGAGGGAAGCUGCGAGGGCGUUGAGGAGACUGAAGGGCCGUUGGUACGCGGGCCGGCAGCUCAAUUGCGAGUUCGUAAAUUUGAAAUCAUGGAGAAGUGCCGUGUGCGGAAUGUCCAAGUGUCCGAAAGGAAGGGCAUGUAAUUUUCUACAUACUUUCAAGAAUCCUCAUGACGAGUACGAUAUCAAAAGUCCUCCGAGAUGGGCGAAACAAUCGUCCGCAUCGUCUCAAGAAGUCGCGAGUAGCAGGAAGAGUGAACACAGAAAUAAAUCAAAAUGGGAGGACGCCAGUGAUGCGGAAGACGGGAAGAAUUGGAGGUGGUCCGAAUCCCCAGAGCCGGAAGUGGAACACCGGUCGAGGAAUGAGAAGCGACAUCGGCAUUCCGAUGACAGACAGAAAUCAUCGAGGCGACACGAACAAUCCGAUGACGAGACUCCAACCAAGCAUCGUCGGUUGAGUUCCAAAAAGCAUUCCGAAGAAAAAACCAAAGACGACAGUGUUUCGAACGGCAGUAGACGUUCGAAGAAAUAUCAAAGUAAAAGGGAUGAAGAUAGUCAUUCCGAUAAAAGAUACUCGAAGGGCGACAGGAGUCAUCGUUCCAAGUCUCACAGAUCUUCGAGAUAUUCUAGGAAGGACAAAGAAGAACAGGAGAGAACCAAACAGAAAUCACACGAGUCAUGCGAGGAUUCUUUAAGAAAAAAUGAAUCGGAUAAAUCAAACACUGAAGAAAUUCAGGGUAGAAUAUCUCGGGUGAAAUUGAAAUGGGAUAAAGAGAAUGACUCUGAAAACACAGGGAACUCUUCCGAUUCAGACUUUCCCAGUACCGUAGAAGAAAAAAAGACUGAAACUUCGCGAUGCACAAAAACAGCAGACGAUGAAUGGGCUACGACAGAAUCGGAGGAUUAAAAUGAAGGCAAUGUAGUAAACGCGUGUACAGAUGAUUUAAAGUUGAAGUUCAUUGUACCGAAGAAAUAAUUACUAGAUUUAUAAUUACCUUUUCCCAGAAGAAUGUAUUUAUCAAUA